UAUGGGAGCAGAGGCAGCGGGUGUGAAGGGAGGCUUGCCCGGGUUGCGAAUGAACGCGAACGGGAAGGCACAAGCAGUGUAGUGCAGUGCAGUGAAUGAGUGAGUGAGUGAGUGAGAGAGUUGCAACUCAGGAAUUUGGAGUGCACUUAGCGAUGGCGUCUUCCCCCGCUGCUGCAGCUGCGACGCUGCCUCUCACAUCGCCGUCCUCUUCGUUUUCCUCCUCACUUUCAUCUAAUCCUACUCAUGUCUCGUUUCGCGGGCUGAAGUCGGUGGCCCCUUUGGUGAAGCGGGCGGAUGUGCAGAAACCAUUGCAACGUCACGGCUUGAGUGGGAAGAAGCGUGGCCCGGUCUUGGCCAUGGCUGUGACGCUCCCCGUGUUGACGCUUGAGGGAGGUGCAGCUGGGGAGGUAGAGAUGGACUUGAGAACAGCCCGUCCAGAGACGGCGAAAUCUGUUGUGCACAGGGGAUUGAUAUGCGAAAUGCAGAACCGGAGGAGAGGUACGGCGUCCACAUUGACGAGGAGCGAAGUGCGGGGCGGAGGCCGGAAGCCUUACAAGCAGAAAGGUACCGGGAGGGCUCGCCAGGGGUCCAUUCGGACGCCUCUCCGUCCCGGUGGAGGUGUGGUGUUCGGCCCUAAGCCCAAGGACUGGUCCAUCAAAAUCAAUAAGAAGGAGAAGCAGUUGGCCAUUAGCACUGCCCUCCAGUCUGCUAGCGCGAACACCGUCGUUGUGGAGGAUUUUGAGGAGAAAUUUACCGCGCCCAAGACGAAGGAGUUUAUUGCUGCGCUGAUGCGAUGGGGCGUCAAACCGGGGGAGAAUUCGUUGUUGUUCUCCAUGAAUCCCUCGGAUUCUCUCGUUCUGUCCAGUAGAAAUGUAAGUACCUGCAAGCUCAUGACACCUCGUAGUUUGAACCUCUAUGACGUCUUGAGGGCGGACAAAUUGAUACUCACCAAGUCGGCAGUAGAGUACUUGGAGCAACAGUAUGGUGCAUCGGAGUCAUUUGAGAUCGUUACAUCGUAUGAAAUCGUGGAAGGAGAUGCCGGUAGACAGGACGAGGGUGCCAGUGAAGAGGCCGUAUAGAUUGAGAUCGCUUCGUUUGAGAUUAAAGGGUAAAAGCGCUCACUAACUCACAUUAGCCAUUAUUGCUUGUUUCAUGGAAUUAGGGAUUGCUGUUAUCGUUGCGGGUCUUUGUGAACUAAGUUCAUUUCAGAGAUGUGAACGUGGCUAUUUUUACUCUCAGGGCACUUCAGAGAAAGCAUAGUCCUAGUUUGGUAGCUUGGUUUUAGUCUUCGUUUGAUUUUUGGAAUUCUUGGUAAUGUAACUGGUCAUUGGUGUCAUCAGAGACUUUCAAAUUUCAGUUCCUUCUUCUUAUCCACGACUUUUCUCCAGCCCUGCCCACGGAUAGAAUAACUAGGUUAGUAUUAGUUAAAAGUGUUACCGUUUUCUUUUAAUAUCAAGCCAUUGUCCAUCAAA